AUGGCUCCAGCAGCCAGGCUCCAGCGGAUGGCUCCAGCGGAUGGCUCCAGCAGCCAGGCUCCAGCGGAUGGCUCCAGCAGCCAGACUCCAGCAGAUGGCUCCAGCAGUCAGGCUCCAGCGGAUGGCUCCAGCAGUCAGGCUCCAGUGGAUGGCUCCAGCAGUCAGGCUCCAGCAGCCAGGCUCCAGCAGCCAGGCUCCAGCGGAUGGCUCCAGCAGUCAGGCUCCAGCAGUCAGGCUCCAGCAGUCAGGCUCCAGCGGAUGGCUCCAGCAGUCAGGCUCCAGCGGAUGGCUCCAGCGGAUGGCUCCAGCAGUCAGAUUCCAGCAGAUGGCUCCAGCGGAUGGCUCCAGCAGUCAGAUUCCAGCAGAUGGCUCCAGCGGAUGGCUCCAGCAGUCAGAUUCCAGCAGAUGGCUCCAGCGGAUGGCUCCAGCAGUCAGAUUCCAGCAGCCAGGCUCCAGCGGAUGGCUCCAGCGGGUGGCUCCAGCAGUCAGGCUCCAGCGGAUGGCUCCAGCAGCCAGACUCCAGCAGAUGGCUCCAGCAGCCAGGCUCCAGCAGUCAGGCUCCAGCGGAUGGCUCCAGCAGUCAGGCUCCAGCAGCCAGGCUCCAGCGGAUGGCUCCAGCAGUCAGGCUCCAGCGGAUGGCUCCAGCGGAUGGCUCCAGCAGUCAGAUUCCAGCAGCCAGGCUCCAGCAGAUGA